AUGGCCGAGCCUCCACAGCCCGCCCGCAGCCCUCGGAGCGGCGGCUCCGGCCCGGCCCGCUCCCGUCCCGCCCUCAGAGGCGGGGCCGCGGCGGCCGCCGGAGCGCCCGGAGGAGCGGGCGCUGCUCGGGGAGCGCAGCCCGGCGGGAUGGAGCCCGCGGGCCUCACGCUGAAGCUGCUGCUGGUCGGGGACAGCGCCGUGGGCAAGUCCAGCCUCCUGCGCAGGGUCACGGACGGCACCUUCGAGCCGCGCCUGAAACCCACCGUCGGCAUUGAUUUUAAAGUGAAGAAAAUGGUGGUGGAGGGCCGUGCAGUACAGCUGGCCAUAUGGUUCUUACAAACAAACAAAAACACUUGUAAAGGCUUCCCCAGUCAGGGUGUGGUACUUCCUGCAGUUCUAGCAGAGCUUUGCCUGCUCUUUGCAAUUUCUCAGGACACAGCAGGACAGGAACGUUUCAGAGCACUGACUCCCAGUUACUACAGAGCAGCUCAAGGAGUUGUUUUAGUGUAUGAUGUUACAAGAAAAGACACUUUCACAGGACUAGGAGGAUGGCUGAGUGAGCUGGAAAUGUACACCACCAACAGCAACACUGUGAAGAUGUUGGUUGGCAAUAAAAUCGAUAAGCCUGACCGUGAAGUGGAGAGGAAAGAAGGGCUCCAGCUUGCUAGGAAACACUCACUGCUUUUUAUAGGGAUGAAGGUUUCAGCUUCUGCAUUGACUGCAACUAGAAACACUUUUCUCUGAAACAGAUUUACUGCAUGUACUGCUCAGGCAUGAAUUUUAUAUUCUCUUGAAACUCUUUAAUUCAGAGCUCAGAAGACUGAAAUUUUCCUUCUUACUGAUGUCUGCAAGGACCUUGGCUGAUCUUUCAUUUCCAAAUUUCUGUUGCAGCUACAUAAAAGACAAGAUUCUUAGAGCAACAAUAAAAUGUUCAAUGUGAAGAUACUGAGUUUCUAAAAAGAAAUCAUCUUGAAAAGAUUUCUAGGAGAAACUGAAACACAUAGGGACAACAUGCAAUUUCUUCUGUAUUCUUUGUUUCUCAGCUUUGUUAUGGAAUAAUUAUCUUCUAGAUUUACUAUCACAACCUGAGAACCAUUUCUUUUUCUCUGUUAUGGAGAAAAUGAGGAAUUGUGGAUUUCUAGGUGGAAAAAUGUGAUACUUCAGAGUGGGAUGUAUUUGUUUGUCCUAUUCAACUUAAGUGUAUCUUUAAGAGAGAAUGGGGAGGAGAUUCACUCAUUUCAAAACUUCCAUCUUCUCUCUGGUCCCAAAAUAAAUUUUUACUAAGUGGAAUAUAUUCCUUGCAAACAAGAUAAAAUAUUUUUCCCCCUUCCUCCAGAGACCAGUGCCAAGACAGAGGAUGGAGUGCAAUUUGCCUUUGAGGAACUGGUCCUAAAGAUCCUGCAGACUCCAGAUCUCUGGGAUGAGAGCCCAGGGAAGAAGGGAGUCCAGCUCAGGGAAUCUUCAGCACAGCAGAGUAAAGGGUUAUGUGGCACCUCCUGUGCACUUACUUAAAUGAGCAGGUGGCUGUUCUGCCUGACUGGAGGGGACUUGAAAAGAAAAAGGGGUGGGGCUGGAAUUCCAAGCACCAGUCUGUGCCAUGUUUGAUGUGCAUCAGUUGUGCAGAUCCAAAACACGAACUCAUUAGCAAAAUACAUUUUUAUUCAUUAAUUAAAACGAGUUUCUCCUUCCCUUUUGCACAGCUGCUGUCUGCAGGUAUUUUUCACUAUUAAAUCAUAGUGCUGCUUAGAGUAUUGUGCUCUUGCUGUCCAUUCAACAUGGACUUCUGCUGGAAUUCCUGCCUUGCCAUAAAUAAGGUGCUGUUCAGUUCUGGAAUAUUAUUGAGAAGCUUCUCUUCCCUGGGAAGGCAUGGGAGGCUUUUAGGCACCCAAGUUACCUUAAUGCAGUUCCUCAGCAGGAAUGAGUAAUUCACCCUGAGCAGUGAGUGCAGAGUUUCCUGAUUUUGGAUGCUUUUUAAGAGUCAAAAUUGCUCCAUGUCCCCAGACAGUAAACAGAGUUACCAGUUAAUUUUGGGGUUGCCAUGAAGAGGAUUUAUCUUUUACACUUGUCAGGAAAAGCCCCCCCUUCCCCUGCAGGACACUGCAGCUGCCCCUGUGCUGUUCCCUUUGCACUGAUGAUCAGGGAUGAAAUGCACUCCUCAUUUCACUCCUCACUUUGGGCUGCCUCACACGUGGCUGUGGUUUUGCAGUCACUGUGGUUCUCUGCAAACCCUCCUCUUCCAGCAACCACAGUGAUAAAUUUAAUUUUCAAUUUCAUAGAAAAUGUGCUGCCUAUGGGACUUUCCACUAGGGUGAGUGUGAGUCUGUCUGUCACCAAUCCCACAAUGAAUUUACCUUUUUGUCUUUUACACUUUCAAUGGCAAUACUGUAUUUUGUUAACUUACAUUAAAAAACCUGAAAAUUUAAGGUGUA